UGAUGAGAAGAAUUGUAGAUACGGCAUCCAAGAGGUCCCCAAAGAGGUCGGCAGCGGAUUGUACUGCGUCGCAGUGCACGUAUGUGGCGAAGAGGAAUCCUUGACUGACGACUGGAGCCACUGUCAGUCAGAACACCUGUUUCCUUGUUGGUUGCCACUUCAUGCAGGACGUGAAGAUCAAGAUCCCCGUCGGCAAGGAAUACGUCAUUUCAACGCACCGGGUUGGGGAGGCAUACUUCAUUGCAAACGGAUUCGUGGAUUCAGUCCACAUCAAAUACAGCGAGGAAGAAGAAAAAACCUACUGGUUCAAGUGGCUUAGUAGAGCGACACACAUGCACAGCCACUGAGAGACACUGAAGACGAUAUGUGGAUGUGCACACAUGCACACCGCAGGCGCUGCGGCGUGGAAGUCCACCCCAAACCCUAAGUCCACCCGCGCCUUCGUUGAAACAGGUACAAGGCCGACAAAUGGAGGGCGCUCGAGUGGUAUACGCUGUUUGUGUGUGUCCGUGGCCCAUACAGGUGCAUCUGCUGAGUUGUCGUCUGCUGCCCGUCUGCGGCUUUCGCUGGUCCAGCAGAAGAUGCAGCACGGCAAGGCCAUGUACAAGGCCGCCAUAGCAAUGCACGAGGCCGCCAUAGCGACGCACGCGGCCGCCAUUGACAUCAUCGAGACCGCCGAGCGCCAGCUGGGCGCCAUCGACACGGGGGCCAACGGAGGCGCAUUCAUCCAACACACACAGCAGACCGAAGGUAUAUAAAGCCACUCAUCUUGACGCCACAUGCAUGUGGAUAUGCACUUACUUACGGGCUGCCUGUGUGUGUGUGUGCAGGUAACGCGCAAGCAGUUUAAGAUCAAGGAGCACUGCAAAGCUCCCUCUGCCUCCAGUGUGGGCGCCCAAUGCACACAUUCGAUCGUGCGACUACAUGAAAGGAUGCUUCUGUGACGAAUACUACCCUUAGCUCGCUACCGGAAGGAGAGGAAUGGUAACACGACCAUAGGGACCAACCAUUGUAUGUGGGUAUCUAUGGGACACACACAGGGGUGGGUGCCAUGAAAGGGGUCCGUCCGUCCGUCCAUCCAUGGGCGACCUUGUUUUCUUCGCUCUGUGUGUGUGUGUGGGGGGGGGGGGGGGGGC